AUACUAUUUCUUCCAAGCCUCCAAGUGACGUGGCUUCAAUGACGGCACGAGUCGUGCUGUUAACGUGCGAUUGUGCUAUAUGGAUUCGUUUAUAAAAUAAUGCCGCUAUUAUGAGAAUUUAGUAGUGGAAAGUAUUUCAAAUAGUUUCGAUAACAAAAUCGACUAUUCGCGAUAAUUACGUGGUAAUUCGCUCAGAUCUGUUGUCAGAUGGUCUGUGGUGAUUCCAGCAACAUGACUACUUACGAAGAUUUCAUUCAGCAAAAUGAAGACCGUGAUGGUGUACGGUUCACAUGGAAUGUCUGGCCAUCCUCGCGUGUUGAUGCCACAAGACUGGUUGUACCAUUGGGAACACUGUACCAGCCUAUUAAAGAAAGACCAGAUCUUCCCUCUAUACAAUAUGAUCCAGUUUUAUGUACAAGAUCCACUUGUAGAGCAAUUUUAAAUCCAUUAUGUCAGGUGGAUUACCGUGCUAAACUAUGGGUGUGCAAUCUGUGCUUUCAAAGAAAUCCUUUCCCUCCACAAUAUGCUGCCAUUUCUGAGCAACACCAACCAGCUGAACUUAUUCCAAUGUUUUCAACAAUUGAAUAUACUAUAAUGAGAGCACAGUGUUUGCCACCCAUUUUCUUAUUGGUUGUGGAUACGUGUAUGGACGACGAGGAACUCGGUUCUCUUAAAGAUUCGCUACAAAUGUCGCUUUCUUUACUUCCGCCGAACGCUCUUAUCGGUCUUAUUACGUUCGGAAGAAUGGUACAAGUUCACGAAUUGGGUUGCGAGGGAUGUAGUAAAAGUUACGUUUUUCGUGGUACUAAGGACUUACAACCAAAACAAGUUCAAGAUAUGCUUGGCAUAGGUCGUCUAGUACCAGGACAAAAUCUAAACCAACAGAGAGCAGCUGGUGGACAACCGUUACCGCCAGCAAAUCGCUUCUUACAACCUGUCCAUAAGUGUGACAUGAGUUUAACGGAUCUUCUAGGAGAACUACAACGCGAUCCAUGGCCCAUAGGCCCAGGAAAACGUCCAUUGCGAUCUACCGGUGUCGCGCUGGCUGUUGCCACUGAUCUUUUGGAAGCUAGUUAUGCUAAUACAGGAGCUAGAAUAAUGUUGUUUAUCGGCGGACCUUGUUCUCAAGGGCCUGGUCAGGUUGUAACGGAUGAUUUGAGACUACCCAUUAGAUCGCAUCAUGAUAUCCAUAAAGAUAAUGCCAAGCAUAUGAAGAAGGCGACUAAACACUACGAUGCUCUCGCAUCGCGGGCAGCAACCAAUGGCCACAUAAUAGAUAUCUACUCAUGUGCUCUCGAUCAAACCGGCCUGCUAGAAAUGAGGCAGUGCUGCAAUUCGACUGGCGGUCACAUGGUUAUGGGUGAUUCCUUUAAUUCCUCUCUAUUUAAACAGACGUUCCAACGCGUGUUCGUUAAGGAUAAUAAAGGUGACUUGAAAAUGGCAUUUAACGCGAUAUUAGAAGUAAAAACGUCUCGAGAAAUAAAAGUUUCUGGAGCGAUCGGCCCUUGCGUUUCUCUGGGUGUGAAAGGCGCAAGUAUCGGUGAGCAAGAAGUAGGAUUAGGUGGUACGACUCAAUGGAAAUUCUGUUCCCUUACGCCCUCUACGACCACAGCAUUGUUUUUCGAAGUUGUGAAUCAACACACUGCUCCAAUUCCACAAGGUGGAAGAGGUUGCAUACAGUUUAUUACCCAAUACCAACAUAGUAGCGGUCAACGAAGAAUCAGGGUUACUACAAUCGCCAGAAAUUGGGCAGAUGCGUCAACGUCCGUGCAUCAUAUAAGCGCUGGAUUUGAUCAAGAAGCAGCUACUGUUCUUAUGUCGCGACUAGCAGUAUUUAAGGCAGAAAGCGACGACGGACCGGAUAUUUUGAGAUGGGUUGAUCGCAUGCUUAUCAGACUAUGUCAAAAGUUCGGAGAGUAUACAAAAGACGAUCCAAAUAGCUUCAGACUUGCGGAAAACUUUUCCUUAUAUCCCCAAUUUAUGUAUCACUUACGUAGAUCACAAUUCUUGCAAGUAUUCAACAACUCCCCUGAUGAAACCAGUUUUUACAGACACAUGCUCAUGCGGGAAGAUUUAACGAAUUCUUUAAUAAUGGUGCAACCGAUCCUAUACAGUUAUGGAUUCAGUGGUCCCCCAGAGGCCGUUUUAUUAGAUACUUCGUCCAUUCAACCUGACAGAAUUUUGUUGAUGGACACUUUCUUCCAAAUACUUAUAUUCCAUGGAGAGACAAUUGCACAAUGGCGUCAAUUAAAGUACCAAGAUUUACCGGAAUAUGAAAAUUUCCGACAAUUAUUAGCUGCACCUGUUGACGAUGCUGCCGAAAUUUUAGCUGGAAGAUUUCCCGCGCCUAGAUAUAUCGAUACCGAACAAGGUGGUUCGCAAGCUAGGUUUUUACUUAGCAAAGUGAAUCCAAGUCAAACUCAUAAUAACACGUUCGCUUAUGGAGCGGAAAGUGAAGCACCUGUCUUAACGGAUGAUGUCAGUUUACAAAUAUUUAUGGAGCAUUUGAAAAAACUAGCUGUGUCAUCAACAGCUUAAUUAUUUUGUGCGAGCAAAAUUAAGAAACGCUAUUGAUUUCAUGAUG